CGAAGCGCAACUCAACCUUCAACUUACCGAAACCCGGCCUUUACUUUCAGUCAUUUGAGGUAGGAGGGACAAAAUGGGUCGCGUCAUUCGCAACCAACGUAAGGGCCGCGGUUCCAUCUUCACCGCCAACACCCGGUUGAACAAGGCCCCGGCUAAGUUCAGAUCUCUCGACUAUGCCGAGCGCCACGGCUACAUCCGUGGUGUUGUGAAGGAGAUCAUCCACGACCCCGGUCGUGGUGCUCCUCUCGCCCGCGUUGUCUUCAACUCCCCCUACAAGUUCAAGAAGCAGCGCGAGACCUUCAUCGCCAACGAGGGCAUGUACACCGGCCAGUUCAUCUACGCCGGCAAGAACGCUGCUCUCACCGUCGGCAACGUCCUCCCCCUCGGCUCCGUCCCUGAGGGUACCGUCGUCUCCAACGUCGAGGAGAAGGUUGGUGACCGUGGUGCUAUCGGCCGUACUUCCGGUAACUACGUCACUGUUGUCGGCCACAACCCCGAGGAGGGCAAGACCCGCAUCAAGCUUCCCUCCGGUGCCAAGAAGGUUGUCUCCAGCAGCGCUCGUGGCAUGAUCGGUAUCGUCGCCGGUGGUGGCCGUACCGACAAGCCCCUCCUUAAGGCUUCUCGUGCCAAGCACAAGUUCGCUGUCAAGCGCAACAGCUGGCCCAAGACUCGUGGUGUUGCCAUGAACCCCGUCGACCAUCCUCACGGUGGUGGUAACCACCAACAUAUUGGUAAGGCUUCUACCAUCUCCAGGUACGCUGCCCAGGGUCAGAAGGCGGGUCUCAUUGCCGCCAGGAGAACUGGUCUCCUCCGCGGUACCCAGAAGACCAAGGAGUAAAGCGAUUUCUUGUUUGUCAUCUGGGCUGGGGUUUCUGGGAUUGCAUUGGUCUUUGCUGCUUUGUAGUUACGGUACUGCGAAGGCGGCUGGGAGACUUCCUCUUUUUGCAAGCAUCUUGGGACGUACCGGAAUAAAAAUGAUUCCCACACAAAGCAGCAAGACGGGUGCCAGAUGCGAGCCGUGGUCCUUCAGAUGGUGAGCGAGCAUGACCCUUGAGUUCAGGGCGCGUCAAUCACAUCAAGGAGACUCGGAAGGGCAUGAUAACUAUCAUCCUAGGCAAAUUGAUGAGCGGACAUGAUCGUUUUUCUUCGGUCAAGAGGAAGCAACUACAGUUACUGGUCUACACGUUGUGACAAGACUAUGUAUGAGGGGUAAUGCGAAAAGGAGAGAAGACUAUGCGGCAUCUAAUACUCUUGAUGCUAGCAGGGAGAAACUUGAUACCCAAUUGCUCUACGCUGUUGUGUACGUACUGGCACCUGACGUCAAAUUCUGGAGACGAUGGACCGUCUACUUGGAUUGUAGUAGCUCCUAAAUUUACUCCGAUGUGCAUUGC